GAACCCACACAGCAGGCCCCAGUCAUGUGUCUGGGUCACGCGGUCCCACCCGGAAGCGUGCCGCGGGCCGGCUACAUGCUGGGCGCUGAGAGCGGUGGAUCUGCGUUUGCAGGUCCAGUGAUGCUGCGCUGUUCCCUGAGCUGGUCGGAAGCUAGCUCCUUGGAAGCUCUGCUGUGUGCCUUGCCAAGCCCCUACUUCAUUGGGGUGUAACAAAGUAACGCCAGCAUGGCUUUCCCUGUGGAGGCUGGCACACUGCAAAGGGCUCAGUGAGUGUCCAACAGGCUGAGGCUCUUCUCAUUACUGAGGCUGAAGCACAGAUCUGACCUUCGCUCUUGCUUCUCCCUGCAAGAUGAAGUGUGUGUUGGUGGCCACUGAGGGCGCGGAGGUGCUCUUCUACUGGACGGACAAGGAGUUUGAGGAGAACCUCAGGCUGAAGUUCAGGCAGUCAGAGAAUGAGGAGGAGGAGCUCCCGGCACUGGAGGACCAGCUCAGCACUCUCCUGGCCCCAGUCAUCAUCUCUUCCGUGACGAUGCUGGAGAAACUCUCAGACACGUACACCAGCUUCUCAACAGAAAAUGGCAGCCACCUCUAUGUCCUGCAUCUGUUUGGAGAAUGCCUGUUCAUCGCCAUCAAUGGAGACCACAGUGAGAGCGAGGGGGACCUCCGGAGGAAGCUGUGUGUGCUCAAGUACCUGUUCGAGGUGCACUUUGGGCUGGUGACAGUGGACAGCCAGCUCAUCCGGAAGGAGCUCCGUCCCCCUGACCUGAACCAGCGUGCUCGAGUGUGGAAGCACUUUCAGAGACUGCUGGACACCUACAGCCACCUGCGUGAACAGGAGCAGAGCUUCGCUGUGGAGGCUGUGGAGCGGCUGAUCCACCCCCAGCUCUGUGAACUGAGCAUCGAAACGCUUGAGCGACACGUGGUUCAGGCCGUCAACUCCAGCCCUGAGCGGGGCGGUGAGGAGGCUCUACACGCCUUCCUGCUUGUGCACUGUAAGCUGCUGGCUUUCUACUCCAGCCAUGGUGCGAGCACCCUGCGCCCAGCAGAUCUCCUGGCACUUAUCCUUCUGGUUCAGGACCUCCAGCCCACCCAAGACACCACAGAGGAGGAUAACAAUGAUGACAACAGCUCUCAGUCUUUCACCCAGAGGAGACCCCUGAGCAGCCAAAACAUCCCAGUGCACCAGGCCGGGAGCCAGAGCACCGCAGGCCCUCCCAGGAGUUCCGAGGAGACGGACACAGACAGCAUCUCCCUCCCUGAGGAGUACUUCACGCCUGCUCCUUCCCCAGGAGAGCAGAGUUCAGGUAGCAUCCUCUGGCUGGAUGGUGGUACCCCACCCACGGAUGUUCUACAGAUGGCUGAGGGCACCCCCCAGGGGCUGGUGCCACACUCCCCGGAACCUUCCAGCCCUAGAAGGAUCUUCCUGGAUGCCAAUGUAAAAGAAAACUACUGUCCCUUAGUGCCCCACACCAUGUACUGCCUGCCCCUGUGGCCAGGCAUCAACAUGGUGCUGCUGACCAAGGGUUCCAGCACUGCACUGGCCCUGGUCCUGUACCAACUGCUGGACGGCUUCUCCCUGCUGGAGAAAAAGCUGAAGGAGGGUCAGGAGCCUGGAAGUGCCCUGCGAUCCCAGCCCUUUGUUGGAGACCUGCGCCAGAAGAUGGACAAGUUUGUCAAGAAUCGUGUUGGACAGGAGAUUCAGAGCUCCUGGCUGGAGUUUAAGACCAAGGCCUUUUCUAGAAGUGAAGCAGGAUCAUCCUGGGAGCUACUCCAGGCCUGUGGAAAGCUGAAGCGACAACUGUGCACCAUCUACCGGCUCAGCUUCCUGGCCACUGCACCCAGCAGGGGAGGCCCACACCUGCCCCAGCAUCUGCAGGACCAAGCCCAGAAACUCAUGAAGGAGCGACUGCUGGACUGGAAGGAUUUCCUGUUGGUGAAGAGCCGGAGGAACGUCACCAUGGUGUCCUACCUGGAGGACUUCCCAGGCCUGGUCCACUUCAUCUAUGUGGACCGUACAACUGGGCAGAUGGUGGCCCCUUCUCUCAGCAGCAGUGAAAAGAUGUCUUCCGAGUUGGGCAAGGGGCCCCUGGCCGCCUUCGUCAAAGCCAAGGUCUGGGCUCUGGUGCGGCUGGCACGCAGGUACCUGCAGAAGGGCUGCACCACACUGCUGUUCCAGGAAGGGGACUUCCGCUGCUCCUACUUUCUGUGGUUCGAGAAUGACAUGGGCUACAAACUGCAGAUGAUCGAGGUGCCUGUCCUCUCAGAUGACUCAGUCCCCAUUGGAGUGCUGGGAGGCGACUACUACAGGAAGCUCCUGCGCUACUACAGCAAGAGCCGCCCCUCAGAACCUGUCCGGUGCUAUGAGCUACUCACCUUGCACCUGUCUGUCAUCCCCACUGACCUGCUGGUACAGCAGGCCAGCCAGCUAGCCCGGCGCCUGGGGGAGGCCUCCCGGGUGACCCUGCCCUAGGCAAUGUGUGCCUUCCUCUGCCUGAUCUGUAAGCCGCCUUGCUUACAGGCAUUCCCCAAGGCCAGUCUCCUCCCAUCCAUCCCCAGCAGCCCUGGGUUCCUCAUCAUUGGCUCCUCCACACGGGCUGAUGAGCAAGCCCUCUCUGAAGGGAGGGCAUGCUGUACCUCCAUUGGCCUCCAGCACUGUGUGGUCAGAGGUAGCAGCCACUUCUCAGGAGAGCUGCCAUUCUGCAUGGGGGAGCUGCCUCCUAUUCCAAAUGAAAGACACUCCCACCAGCAUUCCAGCUUGACUACCUCCCCCUGCAACUCUGGGAGAAUCCUGUUUCUUCCUGCUUGAACUAGUAACACUACCUCUCAGGGUGGUCAGGAGGAUUGCCGAUCAUGGAGUAGGUGCUCAAUAAAUGUUGGCUCUUGUCGUCACCAUCCAAGCUAUAUGUGUUCCCUGGACCUCCCGCUCACUCCUGCUUGAUCCGGAAAGCCCCAUUCCUCUCUCGCCAAACCCUGUCCUCUCAGAGAAUCUCCAACAACAACAACAAAAAAAAGGCACCAAAAAACACCCAGUUCCACAUUCUUGGUGGCUAUGGCAACUCCUCCCCUGAAGUUGGCAGCAGCCCAAGUCCCUGCCCAAAGUACUGAGUUUUUGACCAUCCUUGAGCCAAACCCAGCUUGUGGUGGAUAUGUCAUCACCCCUCACCUGCAAGGCUAUAUAAGUUCCCUGCUUCAGUUCGGGUGUGUGACUUCUCUGGCCCCAAUCUCUGGGACUGGAGGACUCACCUGGGAGUUGCUUUGCUCAAAUAAACCUGUUCUUUUACUUUUUCAA